AUAACGAUUAAAGUAAGGAAAGAACCCAGCAGCCUACAACUGGUGAAAGUUCCCGAAAGACAAUUAUCGCAACAUAUUGGCGCUUUAUUUAAUACCGAUGAAUACGCCGAUGUGACCAUUGUGACUGCCGAUUUGUGUGAGAUACCUGCACACAAGAUUAUAUUAUCCGCACGCAGCAAGGUUUUUGCGGCCAUGUUAAAGCAUCCCAUGGAGGAGAGUCUGACCAAUCGUGUAAUCAUUGAUGAUUUCAGCGAUAAUGUUGUGCAGGAGCUGUUGCGUUUUAUUUACACGGAAGUUGCACCGAGCAUGGACCACGAUAUGGCCAAAGAUUUACUGGCAGCUGCGGACAAGUAUGACGUUCAAAGACUUCAGACAUUGUGCCUGCAAUACUUGUUCGAUCUUUUAUCCAUUGAAACUGCGGCAAUGACGUUAAAUUUAGCCCAUAAAUACAAUGAAAAAGCGCUGCUAUCGAACACAGCUAAAUACAUAAAGAGAAAUUCGGAAGCUGUUAAGGGUACUGAAGGAUGGCAGAGCAUAGUUGAAAUGAUUCCCGUUCUGCUAAUAGAAACUUUCCUGGAACUUAACCUAGAUGACAUUUAA